AUGCCUGUCCUUCGCCACAACCGCCCGAACAGCAAUGCACUUGUGCAGCGGAGGGACGAUGCAUUCAUAUACCAGCGAACACAAGCUCCCCGGGCAUCAAAUAUGCCCAAGCGCGAUAGCGCACUGAUCCUGCGCGCCUUCGACGGUGGUAGGCGCACCCCUCGAGAAGUGUAUGUGAUGGUUGGUGGACAAUUGUCCGUCGACCGCACAGAAGCUCAGAUCGCCAGCCAUGCGAAAGGGCUGGUCCAAAAGGCCGGCCAAGAUUGGGAAGAAGCUCUGCGAAGAGUGAUCCACUUUGAGGACCGGCACCGGAUCCCCAAACGCAAGAUGCCUUUUUCGCUGCCGGAGCAGCUAGAAAUUGCGAUCGGGUAUCGCGGCCUUACUUCGCGGAGAGAUAGGCACAAGCUCGUCUCAAGGCGGAUGAUACAGUGGUACCGGACUACCGGCUACCCAAAUCGGCAUCAUCUCUUGAUGGAGGGAACGGGGUCUGGCUCUUACCAUGAAAAAGUCAAGAACCACUGUCGGAACAACCUCGACCUCAAGUACAACGGUAAUCUCGACGAGGCGAUUCGAGACAUCGAGCUAAAGAUGUCAGAAUCAGAGGACAACGGGGUCUCAAGAUUCUACGAGUCCUUUGUAGUACCUCUUGAUCCCACCUCUGCCCCCGUGUCGCCUCAGCAAACAUCUGCCGCCGUCCUUGAGGAAGAAGAUCUUCAAUCUCCGAUAGUGUAUCAAGAGCCCCUCCCUGCCUCGACCGACCUCCCCAUGGUGUCGUAUCCAUCCCUGAUGGAUACGGCCGACUUUGCUGCUGAUGCUGCGCAUUGGAAUUUAUUAUCGGCAAUCGAUCCCUCACUCGAGUCUGGUGUAUAUUUACCACUGGACAGCUUUCCCGAGCUUUCGUUUGGUUCGAUUCAGCCUCCUACCACCGCUUGCAACUCUGCACCGAUCGCUACGACCACUUCUCCUGAUCCUGUGCCUGCCACAUGCCCUCCUCCAACCACUGUCAUCAGCUCUGUGACGAUGUCGUGUCCGCCUCCUGUCCUGGCAUCCUCGUCAGUAAUGACGCUUCCCCCUCAACAGGAUGAUCUACUAACAGAUUUUGAAGGGGCCUACUAUAGCAUUCCUCCUGCGGGGACGACCCCCUUGACCGAAGCGGAUCUUGAGUAUUUUGGCUCGCGGCCGUCGUUCCAGGCAGCAAUGGCGGAGAUUCCACUUGGACCCGACCCAGCACAACUACUGGAGUCAAGCUGGCCCGACUUGGCCGACCUCAUGGGACCCAACCCUUCUCAGCUAGUGGACGUCAAUUGGCCCAACUUCUCUCAACUGAUGGACCAGCCUGACCCAGCAGCCCCAGUUGUUGCGCAGAGUCAGAGAGUUCCCAGUAAGGGAAAAGGAAAAGAAAGGGUUAGAGAUGACUUGUUGGAUAUUGCGGACGCCCACUACAUGUUUGAGACCUUCGAAAGCGAUUCGAAGUAUCUGAAAAGUCUCCCCCCAGACGGCUUUGGCGACAACGAUUGGUUUUGCGAGGUUCCACCUGCGAGCGGAAAAGUUCGAGAUGAUACAAAGUCAUCAGCGCUUCCAACGGUGCCUAUCAUCAAGAUAGAGGAAGCACCAUCACCCGUGUCCGACUUUGCAGCAUCUAGCGACACGGCACACACGGCACAGGUGCAGGUGGAGCCUUGCAUAGCAGGCCCGUCCACAUUUUGGAUACCAAACUGUUCUGUACCAUUUGAGGCGCCAUUCGCAUACAUGAUGCCACCUGCACCAACGCUGGCAUCAUGUUCGCUGUCAGCAACUUCUGCAAACCAUCGUACGAUUUCUUCGAUGCCGCUGCAAUCGCCACGAUCUCUGCAUACCUCUCGCGGGUCACAUCUCUCGGUUCCCUCCACGACAACGAAAAGACACUCUCCGACUCGCAGGAAACAGCCGAGGUCCCCUUACUUGCCGGGAUCGUCUCAAAGGCCGAUCGUGGUCUCAGAUUCCGAAGCAUCUUUUGUGGUCCGUAACGAGCGGCCGAUUUCGUCCGAUCUCACAGGAUCUUCGCAAGGGCCGAUCGAGUUGGAGCUUUGCCAGGCGUCUUCAUCCAGUGCGGCAUUACAGAAGCGUAAAGCUUGCGCAAUUCCCUACGUGGGGGAACCAGUGCAGAAACGUCACCGUCCGAUGACCCCCGAUGAGGUUCUACAGGCGAGACGACCUGUUUGGAUCCCCAACGAGCUACCUACGGACGCAACGAUUGAUCCAUUCAACCUGGCGCCCCCGUUGGCUUACAAGUACGAGCAACCGACGCACUCGAUACCCCCUUGCCUGUCGCGAGUCCGUCAUCCAGACGACGUGCUUCGCGGAAGUAUGCAAGGCAUUUUCGUUCUGAGACAAGACUUCAUGCAGCAAUUCUCCCUCUUUUGGCCCGAAUUACCACCCGAAGGCUUUGAAAUUCUGUUAGAACUCCAGGCUAGAGGGGAUUCCAUCACCGGGCACAUGGUUCAAAAUAUUGUGUAUCCUGACUCACAGCCCAGCGAAUGGCUGUUGAAGCUCAUUUCAGAUCAAUUGGCCAAUUUUGCGGUGCCUACUGCCGACACUGUCGAUGCCCUGGACCGUAAGCUGCAAGUGCUGAUAUCCUCCGUGAGAGAAGUGGUUGAACAUUAUGAUCCACAGCGGAUACUUGGCAUGUGGGACAUCGCUACGCAGCCCAUGGAAAGAUGUCUGAAGGAUGACGGGCGUUUUCAUGCGAACAAGAAACCAUUCCGCGAUGUAGAAGCGAUGAAACCGCGGUCAGAAUGGCGGCCAGGCGGGAUGAAAUGA